CGAAAAUUGUAUAUUGGACGUCAUCCACUACCUUUGUAUUGCCCGAUUAUCACCUUAUCGUCGAUAUUUAUUGGAAAUUAUGGUCUCCUGGACAUAAAUUCGGAAAUAUAUCCUCCUACCGUCACUCAGCCGUAACUUCAGGAGAUCGAAUGGAAAAACUAUUCUAUUAUCUCGGUGAGAGCCGCAAGUACCUCGACCCCAAAUUCCAUAUAUUGACUUUACUUGAUCGAUUAUUUUGACUUGUGGGAAUAAUGGUCAAGUAUUAUGAGAACAGCACGACUUUUCAGUUCGAUUGGAGUCAGGUUGCUCAGGGCUUUUGGAAACGGUACCCCAAUCCCCACAGUUCGCACGUUCUGACCGAAGACACAAUAACCAGAGAAGUACAAGAUGGAAAAUUAUACACAAAGAGACUACUGACGAAGACAAACAGGGUGCCCAAGUGGGGGGAAAGGUUUAUCAGUAAAAAUGUUGUUAAAAUUGUAGAAGAGACUAUUGUUGAUCCUGAACAAAAGACUUUGACGUCUUACACGAGGAAUUUGGGGUAUACGAAAGUCAUGAGUGUUAUUGAAAAAGUGGUGUAUAAAGUAUCGGAUGAAAAUAAAAAUUGGACAGUGGCUCAGAGAUCAGCAUGGAUCGAUAGUUCAUUGUUUGGAUUUCGAAGUGCAAUUCAAGCAUUUGGCCUGGAAAGAUUCAAGAAAAAUUGCAUGAAGAUGAGCGGUGGCUUUAAUUACGUACUCGCUCAUAUGUUUCCAGGUACAGCUCAGCAGAUGAGUCCAACGUUAGCGCAAAUGGGAUUUACUAGCUAUGAUGAACCAUCCAUGGCCAAAUUUACGCAUGCAGCUGAAGAUCUCCAGCACUCGCUUCAUGACAAAGCAGAAAAAGUGAAAGACGCCGCGAAAAAAGCUACAGAUUUAGCAAAAAAGAGAGCUGGUCCGAUGUAUGUGGCUUGCCAACCGAAUCAGUCCUAGAACAACUGUCAUAUGUUUUAACUCCAGCAGUGAGGAGUGUGAGGGUUAGUCACAAAAAGGACAAAGGUUCUGCGCUAAGUUAAUGAAUAUUAAAAUCCGGUUAUUUGUCUAUUCAGGAGCAAAGUGGAAAAUAGUUCCAGCGAAUUUUGUGUAUUAGUCUGUUGCAACUAUCUCCAAUUUUAAAAGAGACAGAAAAAUUUAUGUUAUGACCACUAUUUAGCUGUCAAUUUGCUCUACGGAAAACAUCAUUAUGAAAAAUUCGUUAGCUCGCUUGAAAUCAAAAAUAUUCCUUAAGUGAAUCAACGGAUAUCCGAAUUUAAUUGAUAAAAUUGUUUCUCGAAUUAAACAAAAUGCUUGGAAUGUUAGCCUCUGAAAAAGGGAUACAUGAAAAAAAUUAAGAAAAACUUUUAAGUAGAAUAAUUACGUCAAUGAUUAUUUUUUCCAGGGAACUCUAUAAAGUCUAUAGAGAGCAUUAAUUAAAAAAUAAAUUGGAGACCCUGGCCUUCUCUCCUAUCCAUUCGUUCACUUUUCCCAGAAAAAUCAUUCCUGUUUCAUUACUGCCAGAGAAUUCUGCAAAGGUGGAAGCGACGAAUAUCGACUCACUUUCUAUAACGAUUAGAUAAUGUAUUUGUGUCAAAUUGAAAAAAAAAAAUAGAAUAAAAAUGAAACUGCAUUUUUCCACAUUUGUCCAAUGAUAAGAAUGAGCUAAUGAAUUGUUCAACAGUUACAGCCCAUGUGAGCAUAAUAAAGCCCUCAAAUAGAGAUUUAUCGAUUCACAGCAAUAAAUAACUUAACGUUAUCGAUCCAAGUAGUCUGAGUAAAAAUUAUUACAAAUUACUAAAUUGUAUAAUUGUAGGAUGCGCUCUGUAAACUACAUGGAAUUAUGUAAAUAGAAAGUCCAGGAGUCAUUUUAUAUUGUCUUAAAAUAAAUAAAUAAAUAAAUGAUAAA